AUGGAGAGAGAGGCAUUUCAGCGGACAGUGGACACUCUUUUGAAUGAAGUCAAACUAGUGGAGGUCUGCACUGAUGCCCAUGUCCAGAUCUCCGCACUAAUGAACAAAGGAAAGUACAAAGACCUUGGCCUGCAGCACAGCUUGGAUAUGUGGCAUGGGGCCAAGAAUUUGGCAAAAAGGAUUUAUGCUGCUUCACAGGUCAAGGGUCAGUCCAGUUUGAGCAGUUGGCUGAAAGAUGUUGUCAACCACUUUUGGUGGUGCUGCAAAACAGCAGAUUCUUACCAAGAGUUCCUUGAGCUGUGGCUUGGGCUCCUACAUCAUGUCACAAAUGAACACAGGUGGGUGCUGGGAGGCUGCCAGCAUGCAGACUUGGAAUCUGGUGGAGCUCAACAGUGGCUUGAGCGAGGCUCCAUGGCACACGAGGCUCUGAAGAGCAUCGUUCGAAACAAGCGGUGGCUUAAUGAGGUCCACAAAUACCUACACUUUAGGUCUACUGCUGAUCUGGAGUCCUUCCAGAACCAUAUUUUAAUGUACGCUAGCAAGCGCACAGCAUUUAGCCCUCCUGUCUUUGAGGCCAGGAUGCUCCUUGCAGCGAUAGACUACAAUUACCACAAGGACCGUCCAGAGUUGUGCAAAUCUGAUGGAAGCAAACAGUACAGGAGGCUGUACAAGAAGAAUGCUCGCAGGUAUAUGCUUUACACUCUGAAGGCAUCCAAGACGUAUGGCUACAUCCCAGAACUGCAAGCUAUGAUCCUUCAAAAGAGAUUAGCUGGUAAGGGGAUGCCCAGACGGAGGACACUACGACCUGAUGACCCCCGAAGGUACGGCCUACGGUGA